UCAGACCUUUUCACAAUGCCGAACAUAUUCAACUACCUUGCUCUGGCUCUCUCAGCCGUUCUGGUGGUUUUCCCACCUCCUUCCACCGCUCAACCACCACAAAAUCGCGAAGCCGAAGCACUUCUCCGGUGGAAACAAAGCCUACACAACCAAACAAUCGUCAGCUCGUGGAUUUUCAACCAAACAAAUGGCAACUCUUCAGCUUCAAGCCCAUGCAACUGGCGUGGAAUUUCAUGCAACGCUGCAGGAAUUGUAACCGGGCUGAACCUUGCCUACACGGGACUACAAGGUACUCUUGACCAUUUAAACUUCUCAUAUUUCCCUCUCCUCCUCCGUCUCGACCUCAAAUACAAUCAACUCACCGGUACCAUACCCACCAACAUCGGCCUACUCUCGAAUCUCGUGUAUCUUGAUCUCUCCACUAACUCUUUCUCGGGCACAAUCCCUCUCUCUGUCGCGAAUCUCACCAAGGUUGUCGAGCUGGAUUUUGGGCGAAACGCCAUAACAGGGCAGCUUGACCCGCUGUUAUUUCCUGACCGCUUGUUGGAAUGA